UCGGGACGCGUCGUCGAUAUUCGUAGUAAACGUCCUAGCUGGAAUAGCUGGCGUCUAGUCGCGGUUUGCGGCGCGCUUACUCGACUGCAGUGACGACCCAAUAUUUAAUCGAAAUGAUCAGAUAUGAUUUGAGAAUUUCCUCUCUUCGGGGCCGAAGAAAAUACUCGCAUGACGCGAAAUAAGAGAGGUAACAUUUGACGGAAAGGGAAACAGUGCACAGUGAGUUAGAUUUUCAGGUGUCUUUCGUGGGUUUUUGGUUUUUUUUGUUUGUGUGAGUAUCUUAUUGCGACAGGACAACCGAUCGGGCCCGAGAUGUCCCAGUGAUCCUCACAAACGAACAUUCCACCUCACAGCAUGGCCUCGGUCGCCGCUUGGCUACCUUUCGCUCGGGCGGCGGCCAUAGGAUGGGUGCCCAUUGCUACACAUCCCUUACCGCCGCCACCGAUACCAAAGGAUAGGCGCAAGGCCGACGACGAGAAGCUCCUCAUCAAUGUGUCGGGCAGACGUUUCGAAACAUGGAGGAACACCCUCGAGAAAUACCCCGACACCCUUUUAGGCUCCAACGAGAGGGAGUUCUUUUAUGACGAAGAAUGCAAGGAAUACUUCUUCGACCGUGACCCAGAUAUAUUCAGACAUAUCCUGAAUUAUUAUCGAACUGGUAAACUGCACUACCCCAAACACGAAUGUUUGACCAGCUACGACGAGGAGUUAGCCUUUUUUGGAAUCCUCCCAGACGUGAUUGGUGAUUGUUGUUACGAGGAUUAUCGCGACAGGAAAAGGGAGAACGCUGAGCGAUUGAUGGAUGAUAAACUAUCGGAAAAUGGCGAUCAGAACCUUCAGCAGCUCACGAAUAUCAGACAGAAGAUGUGGAGAGCCUUCGAGAACCCCCACACCUCCACAGCAGCCCUUGUAUUUUAUUACGUUACCGGAUUUUUUAUAGCCGUGUCUGUUAUGGCUAAUGUCGUAGAAACUGUACCCUGCGGUAGCCGACCAGGACGUGCUGGUUCAUUACCGUGCGGCGAAAGAUACAAAAUUGUUUUCUUCUGCUUAGACACGGCGUGCGUUAUGAUUUUCACCGCCGAAUAUCUCCUGAGAAUGUUCGCAGCACCGAAUCGCUACAAAUUCGUCAGAUCAGUGAUGAGCAUCAUCGAUGUGGUUGCCAUUCUUCCCUAUUACAUAGGCUUAGGCAUCACCGAUAACGACGAUGUUUCCGGUGCUUUCGUCACCCUCAGAGUGUUCCGCGUCUUCAGGAUUUUCAAAUUUUCGAGGCAUUCCCAGGGCCUGAGGAUUCUGGGCUACACGCUUAAAUCUUGCGCUUCAGAACUUGGCUUCCUCGUUUUCUCACUUGCUAUGGCUAUUAUCAUAUUUGCUACCGUUAUGUUUUACGCGGAGAAGAACGUGGGGAAGACAAAUUUCACCUCCAUUCCUGCUGCUUUUUGGUACACGAUAGUCACAAUGACGACAUUGGGCUAUGGGGAUAUGGUCCCAGACACCAUAGCGGGGAAAAUCGUUGGUGGUGUAUGCUCCCUGAGUGGUGUACUUGUGAUAGCUCUACCUGUGCCUGUUAUCGUAUCCAACUUCAGUCGAAUAUACCACCAGAACCAAAGAGCGGACAAACGAAAAGCACAAAGGAAGGCCCGAUUGGCGAGAAUCCGCAUUGCAAAGGCGUCAUCAGGAGCAGCCUUCGUAUCAAAGAAGAAAGCAGCUGAAGCCCGGCUGGCAGCUCAAGAGUCCGGUAUCGAACUGGACGACAACUACAGGGAGGAGGAUAUAUUCGAGUUACAACACCACCACCUUCUGCGGUGUCUGGAAAAGACAACAGAUAGGGAGUUCGUUGAGCUGGAGGUUCCUUACAACGGUCACCCAAAGAGGCCGGGUUCCCCAUCUCCCUUAGCUAGUCCUGCACAUUCCGCAGUUUCCAUCGGUUUCCUGCAGUCGUGCUGCGGAAGAUGCUGCCCGAGAAGAUAUCAACAGGCCUGCGGGAAGUACAUGCCGGCGGCUUCUGCAGCCCAGAGUAAUCAGACUGGAGCCGGCAUGGAUGGAACCUACUUAGUAGAAGCCUCGUUUUAGGCUUUCCAAAUUACAGAUAUAGAUUUAAAUAAUUGAAGCGAUUAUCAUGGAAAGUGAUUUAUAGCCUCCAAACUAAACGUUAGUCGACGAAUCAUUGAAAAGAAUCCCAUUACUUUUUUCGAAAUAGUUGAAUUAAAAUAAAAAUUAUCAAACUUCAUUUUUUACUUUUACAUGAAAAUAUAGUUUGUGCGACUCGACUCUGUAUCUGUAUUGUUUUUAAUAUAUGAAUUUGUUAAUAUUUGAGCUCAUGAAAUCUCAAAACGUUAAUUUUUAGGUUUCGUGAAAUAUUUUAGGAGCAGAAAUUUUAUAUGGAUUAUGAUCAACCCUACCGAAGUUCUGCAAAUUCCCAACGCGUCGUGGAACCACCAGCCAAAUUAUUGUGAUUUCUCAUUAUUCCUAAACUUUUGUGCAUUUUCAAUACCUUGAAUAUUCGAAAAAAUGAAGUAUUAAUGAAUGUUUUUGCUGCUAGACCAACUGAAAUUUAUAGUUUAUCUAGUGGGUAUUAAAAUAUUUUCUGUGAAAUAUUUGAGUAUAAUUACAUUUCUCAAAAUAAGAAUACAAUAUUCAAAGACUUUAUACAUCGACUUUUUUUCAACUUCAUAAGUGUGUAGUGUAAAUUUUGUAAUAUAAACAAAAACGAAAUUGCAAAAAUCCAUUGAGAAUAAAUGUGUAAACUUUU